CUGGAAACCACCGCUUUAUGCUAUUUCGCUACUGCACUUUACCUUGAGGUGUCCGGACGCACUGACGUUCCGAUAUUGCGGGAGCUAGCAACCGAUUGCAAUUUUCCCGUUUGAUUGAACCAGCAUCUAGUUAGUGGAAACAAAACGCUGAAUAUGCAACAUUUUCGUGUCUUAUUCUCUAGAGAGAUGAGAAAAGCGAUUUUGAUCGACGUGAACUUAUCGAUGACCUGUAAACAGUCGUCAUUUGUCGGAUGAAUUACUAUUAUAAAGCGAGUAGGAUGAGCGAUCCACUCAAUACUUCGCUGGGUCCUUGGGAAGAAGGCACAACACACAGGGAAACAGACAACUUAACUAUAGAUGAUAAAGAUAACAACAAAAACAUAACGAUGUAUCCAUUCGCAAGAGAUGAAGAGUUAGCAAAGAUUGAAAUAGGAGUUUUAGCAGUGAUAUUUAUAUUAGCAAUAUUUGGAAACACUUCUGUGUUAAUAGCGCUUAGAACAAAUAAGAAAAAAGGAAGGAUGCAUAUGUUUAUAAUGCACCUGAGUGUCGCGGAUUUGUUAGUUGCAUUUCUAAAUAUUUUGCCUCAGAUGGUAUGGGAAGUGACAUAUCGUUUCCAGGGUGGAGACUUUUUAUGUAAAAUAGUCAAGUAUUUUCAGGUGAGCGUCAUGUAUCUGUCUACGUAUAUUCUCGUUAUGACAGCGAUAGACAGAUUCUUGGCAAUUUGUCACCCACUCUCAAACUACUCGUGGACGCCACGGAAGGUACAUUUGAUGGUAUUCGUAGCGUACAUGCUCUCAUUCUUAUUUAGUAUCCCUCAAUUGUUGAUAUUUGCCAAGCGGGACGUUGGCAACCAAACUGGGGUAUACGACUGUUGGGCAAGGUUCCCCGAUGCACCAAGCGACCAUCUUGCCAAAACAUACAUCACAAUAUUCACUGUUCUCGUGUUUAUUAUUCCUUUUCUGAUUCUCGUGUUCACGUAUGGGAGCAUCUGCUGCAAAGUGUGGGACACAGUACGAUGGGGCACCGCCUCUGAAGAGGCUCCUGGUAUUAACGCCAUUAUGGUGUUCAAAUUUGACAAAACUAAUAACAUCUACCAAGGCCUGAAGAACAAGCAAAAGGCCCGGCAAAGUAUCGUCCAACAAAAUGCUGUUCACUCAAGAAUGCACUCGCUCAGGAGAUUAUCCAAGGCAAAAAUGAAGACGAUAAAAUUGACAUUUGUAGUUGUCAUUGCUUACCUGUUGUGCUGGUCACCGUUCUUCAUAUGUCAAAUACUCUGGGUCUACGAUAAUAACGUUAACUAUACGCAUCCGGCGUUUGUGAUUGUUCUGUUGCUUGGCAGUUUGAAUAGCUGCUGCAACCCAUGGAUCUACAUGGCGUUCAGUGGGACGCUGGUCUACAAGGUAUUUCCCUGUUGCAAACGCGGCAGUAAAUACUCGCCGUUCCGCAAGAAUGUCGCUAAGAAGCCACCGAAAAACAAAAACAGAAGCGAUAGCCUUGGAUCAGAAUCUGACGAACGAGCAGACCACGGGGAUCGUCAGGGUAAAGCAAAUGGGAAAAGAUUAGCGGAUGCGACGUCACCUAGUCAGAGCGUCAAAACUUGUUUGACUCGCGUAGACUCGAAUUCCACAAGCUCCGGGCGCUUUUGGCGGAGUAAGUCGAAAACUAGUUCAGAUUCUUUCCGUUUCUCGCGUGAUAGUAGCACAAAGGACAGAAACAGGAUAGACACGAGUCAUAAACUUGUGAUCCCAGGCGCAGGGAUAUACGGAGACAAGCCUGCCCUGUCAGAUAUUAAAGAGAUACCUACCAGUAGGUUCAAUGAAACAUCAUCGAGUAAAUCGAAAACGUCCAAUGGUAUUGCAUCUCAGGGUGCUAAUAAACAAUCCGAGCACGGUGCCAGUGCGAACAAGAACCACCAUGGUGCCCAUCCAAACCAGAUCCAUAGCAUAAGCCCGACAAAAUCAAAGGAACAUCUAGAAUUCUUGUGUACUUCGAUAUAAGACAGAAUUUCGUUCAAAUUUGACUGAAGUGCCAUCUUUAUUGUCAAGAUGUUGACCAUCUGAUCAAAAUGCUAUUGUAACAUGUAAAUCGUGGAAUGCCCAUCUUGCCUCCGUAACAUCUGAGUCACAUUUUCUCCGAUUCAUCGGCCGGCGCCCGGUCGAUUGAGUAUUUUGUUCAAAACUGAAC